AUGUCUCUCGAAACGGCAUUCAGAAGGCUCACGGUCCGUCCAACAUCCAUAUGCCACCAAUGUCGAAGAACAUUCGCCUCUGUCCCAUCGAGACCCUUGCCUCAGCAAUCAGCAACAGGAGGCUUGGCUGACUCCCUGGUAAACUCGCGUCGCGAGUCUCAGGCGCAAGCGCAGGUCCCUCGCUCCUCCAUCGAUGCUACAACGAACAUCUCUCCCCCAUCCGCAACUGCUACGUCCUCGACAUCAGAACGUCCUCGAAACGCAUUUGACAUCGCAGAGGACAUGAUCACGGAGAGCGGUCGGUCAACACUCGAAAGGCAGGCUAGAGAACGGGUAGCUGCCCUUCAACGCGACUGGACUCGGCAGGAUCUUGAGAAACAGCAGCAGCGGAAGUGGAAGCCAGGAGAUGUGUAUGCGCCGCAUGAUCUUAGUGGAGCAGAAGCGGCAAAGUGGAAGAGGCUGCGACGGAAGGGAAGGAUGAUGUCGGAUGUCAUCGACCAGUUGGGGAUAAAUCCGAUCCACCACUACAAGAAUUUCAGCAUGAUGUCGGAGUACAUAACCGACAUGGGGAGGAUUAAGCACAGGAGGGAGACUUCCCUACGGCCAGUGAAUCAGCGGAGGAUGGCAAAGGCGAUACGGCGAGCUAUCGGUACGGGCAUGAUGCCGGGUGUGCAUCGCCAUCCUGAGAUCUUGCGGCUGGAGAGAAGGAAUGAGCAGACGUGGCGAUGA